AUGCAUGUUCGGUGUAUUAUCCGGCCGAUUCUUAGCAUGCCUAGUCACUCAACAAAGAAGGAAAUACAAAGUCUAACAUGCAAAGCAGCGACUCUCAACCGAUUCUUCUCGAGAUCUACCGACAAGUGCAGACCAUUUUUCAAAGUUUUGAAUAAAGGACAAAGAGACAAAUGGGAUGAAGAGUGCAAAGUAGCUUUUCAAAGUCUGAAUACUUACCUCACUUCACCUCCCAUGCUCUCAAAACCAGUUCUUGGUGAAGACUUGUUCGUAUACUUGGCAGUGUCUAGCUUUGCCUUCAUGUUUGCUCUCAUUCGAGAAUUACUCGAGGCCUAA